GAGAGUGGACUGUUCUUUUUUGUUUAUUGCACUUGUAUUUAAACCCAUGUUCAAGAUGUGUUGGCUAAUAUAAUUGCUGUGUAAUGGGCAACUGCCUUGUUGGAAGUCAUAAACUUUGUCUUAGUGUUUCUGCAAAGAAACCUCACAGGCUCUUGAGGUGUCUCUUAUAAUUGCUUCUCUGGUUAGGAUCCAAAGACGUUUCCACAGUAAGGGGUAAAUCACUGCGCAGCACUGAAGCCAGGCCGAUGGAGAGUUAGACUUGUACCUUCCUUCCCCGCAAUCCCCAUAAUAACCUUCCCACGACUGCUACUCAGCCAUGAAAGAGCCAUUACGCUAAUCACUCUUCCUGCCAUGCAGCAGAGUCGGAAAGAAAAAGGGCGUGAGUGUGUUUUACCUGGCCGGUGAAUUUCGGAGGGAUGGUUUCAAAAACAGAGCAAGUUUUCAUUGGGUGCCGGAGGAAGACACGACUGAGAUAGGAAUGUUUGGAGAUACUGUGGAUAUUGAUUAUAUCCGAUCCUGCUGCAGUCUAUCUUUCUCUUCCUUCUCUCGCAGAUCUCUUCAUCAGCCGGUGUUGGACCUGCAGGCUGCCAGCAGGAGGGGUGCAGGGAGGGGUGAUAGAUAAAUAAAUAACCCAAUAAAGGAUGCAUUGAGAGGAUGUGUGUGCAGCCAAGAGAAGAGGGUGCCUGCUUAAACAGUCCCGAGUCUUGUUGAAGGCUGGCUGCACUGCAGAGCAGGGGGAAAAGCACAGAGAAGGGACCUUGAAGGAUUUUGGGCUGUACUGCAGAACGAUGCCACUGCAGUACAGCACUGACACAGAGGCACAAAGGACCCCUGACCUCCUCACAUCAGGUGAGAACUUAAUUCAGAGCUGAUAUCAGAGGCCUUCAUGCCUCAGGAGGAGAGGGAGGCAGAGAAACAAAAAGAAGGGGAGGGAAGCAGAGGAGGAGGAGGAGGGUAAUGGUGCUGUAUUUUUGGAUAAGGGAUCUCCUGAAUUAAGUGUGGCUGGAAUAAAGAUGUAGUGUGAGCAGGAGGCUGAACAAGGACGGUGCUGUGCUCUACUGUGGUGGAGAGGAGUGGAGCAGACGCCUGGCAGACUCACACUCGCACACACUGGCUCAGAGAGACUGAGAGAGAAAGAGAGAGAGCCCAGCGUCACAUCUGCGGGGCUGGGAAGCCUUUCAUCUCACUUCCUCUCACCUGCUGCCCUCCCUCUUCAGUCCUGGUGAUUCCCAGCCCCCCUUCAUUCCUCUCCCACCUCCUCCCUUUGUCAGUGUCCUGUCCUGCAUCCAAAAGUCCUCAUUCUGUCUGGUCCACACCUGAGAAUACAGACUAUCAAGAGGCUAUGGCUGGUUACCCCCCCACCAACCUGCAAUGCACCUAUGACUUCAUACAGCACUUCUGGAUCCUGUCUACUUCUGUAAGGGCUGAGAAUGCAUGAUUGCCCAUGAUCAUCCCCUACCAUUACUCACAAGACAAACAGACCUGAGAACAACAUUGUGCCGCUUAUUGGAUUAAAUAGAUUUAUUAAAGGCAUAAACAAGGAUUUGAGAUAAUUGAGCUCUCAUGGACUGAUCUCCACCCGGGUCGUGAAUAUCUCAUCAUGACAACAAUGCCCUCUCACUUUGGCACUGCAGUGCGGAUCUUCAUCACCACCCUAUUUGCGGCAGUGGUGCUUUUUGCCAUCCUACUGGCUUAUGUGACAGGUUACCAGUUCAUCCACACCGAGCAGCACCACCUGUCUUUUGGCUUGUAUGGUGCCUUUCUAUCCCUUCACCUCCUCCUGCAGAGCCUCUUCGCUUUCCUAGAACACCGGCAAAUGCGUGGCCCUUCCAGACCCCAGCACCUGAGGCGCACCGUGGCCCUCUGCAUCGCAGCCUAUCAGGAGGAUCCAGACUACCUUCGCAAGUGUCUUCGAAGCAUUCGCCGCAUUUCUUUUCCCGGGCUUAAAGUUGUGCUCGUGGUGGAUGGGAAUCGGCAGGAGGAUGCUUACAUGAUGGACAUCUUCCAGGAGGUUAUGGGGGGAGUGGAGCAGACAGGCUGUGUGGUGUGGAAGGGAAAUUACCAUAGCGAUGGGGAUGGGGGAGGAGGGAAAGGCUCGUUGCAUGCUGAGGAGGCUGCACGGGUGGCCAGGGUGGUGCGGAGCUCCCGUUACUCCUGCAUCAUUCAAGAAUGGGGCGGCAAGAGGGAGGUCAUGUAUACAGCCUUCAAAGCACUGGGAGAUACUGUGGAUUACAUACAGGUAUGUGAUUCCGACACUGUACUUGAUCCAGCAUGCACCAUUGAGAUGCUGAAGGUUCUAGAGGAGGAUCCGGAAGUGGGUGGGGUUGGAGGAGAUGUUCAGAUUCUGAACAAGUACGACUCCUGGAUCUCCUUCCUGAGCAGUGUCCGGUACUGGAUGGCCUUCAACGUGGAGCGGGCAUGCCAGUCUUACUUCGGAUGUGUGCAGUGUAUCAGUGGACCUCUGGGAAUGUACCGCAACUCUCUUCUUCAGCAGUUCCUGGAGCCCUGGUACCAUCAGACCUUCCUAGGAAGCAAGUGCAGCUUCGGGGAUGAUCGCCACCUCACCAACCGCGUCCUCAGCUUUGGCUACAAAACCAAGUUCACGGCACGCUCACAAUGCCAAACCGAGACCCCCACGCAAUAUCUGCGCUGGCUCAAUCAGCAGACCCGCUGGAGCAAGUCUUACUUUCGAGAGUGGCUCUACAACGCCCUUUGGUUCCACAAGCACAGCCUCUGGAUGACCUAUGAAUCGGUGGUCACAGGGUUCUUCCCUUUCUUUCUGGUGGCUACAGUCAUCCACCUGUUCUACCGAGGCCGGUUAUGGAACAUCUUGCUCUUCUUGCUAACAGUCCAACUGGUGGGCAUGGUGAAAGCCACCUAUGCCUGCUUCCUGCGGGGCAGGCUUGUCAUGAUCUUCAUGUCACUGUAUUCACUACUCUACAUGUCAAGCCUGCUGCCUGCUAAGAUUUUUGCCCUGUUUACUAUUAACAAAGCAGGUUGGGGAACAUCAGGCAGGAAAAAGAUAGUGGUAAACCUUAUUGGGGCUGUGCCUGUGACCAUGUGGGCAGCUAUACUACUCGGUGGCGUGGUUUACACCAUUUACUGUGAGGUGCAAGAGCCAUUUAGUGAGACAGAAAAGGCUCUUCUCAUUGCAGGCACCAUCCUCUAUGCCUGUUACUGGCUCAUACUCUUGGUGCUCUACCUGGCCAUAGUGGCUAAGCGCUGUAACAAAAGAGAGGAACAGUAUCACCUAUCUUAUGCCGAAGCCUAGCAUGGUCUCUCCAAAAGAUCUCUAUAUGCUGUCAGGGCUCAUUUGAAAUGGCCCCGUCUUUACCUGGUGCUGCAAUCUUGGUUAUAAUUAUAGAUCAUGUCCAAGUCCAAGCUGUCGGAUGUUGGAUGGUUAUUUUUUAGCCAUGUUAGCUAAGUUGUUAGCUAUGGCUACUUGAGAGUUUUCAAACAGUGGAGUUUUUGAGAGAGUCAUAAAUUACAAAAGCUGACAUCAGGAAUGGUGCUUCUCCAGAUUAUAAAGCACACAAUAAGGAGGCGGCCAGCCAAGGCGGGAACAAAAAGUUGAGCCAAAGGUUAUUGUAAGUUAAUGUAGUUAAGCUGGCACACUCAUAUUAAGUUAAGGGGCUAUAUUGGUGCUUGGACUUAUAAUUAGAUAGAACGUGGAUAGAGAGAUGUGUGCCAACACUUGAUGAAACCUGCAUAAGAGUUUGCCAAACCCAGUCAGUAUUUUAACGUCUUUUAUCUGACAAUCCAGCAUAAUUCUAUAUUUCAUCAUUAGAAAUUGUGGUGCUGCUGAUCCUUUUGUGGGGUAGCAUGAUAGAAAAUUCAAGAAAGAACAAACAGCAUUUAAAUUAGACUUUUAUGGUACUCCACAAAUAUUUACUAUACUGUACAUGUUUACAUUUCAAGAUGUAUAUAGUAACAUUCAGUUCCAGUAAAUGGAUAGUGUCAGGCAACCAAAGAUGAUUUUCUCUAGCAUCUAGAAUGUUUUGUUCCAGUGUGUUAGGUUAAAAAAAAAUGGAGGAAAGAUUGGUUUUCUAUUUUUAUUCCCAUUCUCCUUUUUUACCUUCAAGACAAACUUAGUAGAAAUAUAAGCUAAAUUUGUUUUUUAAUUAUUUUCAAUAUACCAGAGACAUAACAAACAUGGUCAGUAAUACUUAAACCAUUUUUCCCCUUUUUCUGAGAACUUCAA